AUGUGCCGUAAUGAAAUGUCCGCCGAUCAUGAUAACUUCUGUACUGUCAGCAAAGGUCAAGCUCGACGACAGCAGCUACCAGAAUGGGCGCUGCUCUCACGACAGCACCUUCCAAAUGAACGCUGCUCUCACGACAGCAGCUACGGAAUGGGCGCUGCUCUCUCGACAGUAGCUACCCAAUGGGCGCUGCUCUCACGACAACAGCUACUAAAUGGGAGCUGCUAUCGUGACAGCAGCUACGGAAUGGACGCUGCUCUCACGACAGCAGCUACCAGAAUGGGCGCUGCUCUCACGACAGCACCUUCCAAAUAG